GGAGGCGGAGCCAUUGCUGGCGGUCGGAGGCUGUCGCUGCGAGUUCGGAGCAGGAUGUUGGAGCGUCAGCGAAAUUCUCCAAAUGUGGAAAGCAGUAUUUCAUCUUGGGACCUGAUCUAAAGCAGUCUAUCAUGGGACAGCAACUCUCAAGCCAAACACAGACAGUUAUAAAUAAGCUGCCAGAAAAAGUUGCCAAGCAUGUCUCUCUUGUUCGAGAAAGUGGUUUCUUGACAUAUGAAGAAUUUUUGGGAAGAGUGGCUGAACUUAAUGAUACAACUGCACACUUAGCUUCUGGCCAGAGCAAGCACCUGUUAUUUGAAGUGCAGCCAGGGUCUGAUGCUACAGCUUUAUGGAAGGUGGCUGUUCGGAUAGUUUGCACUAAAAUAAACAAGACAAAUGGGAUGGUGGAAGCUUCAAGAAUCAUGAACUUGUAUCAGUUCAUUCAACUUUAUAAAGAUAUUACAAAUCAGGCAUCACAGGUUCUUUUACAGAAUGCUCCCUCAGAAGAAACAGCAGAAGAUCUGUCAUCUGUUGACUCUUGUCAGGCUAGCCUUUGGAUGGGAAGGGUGAAACAGCUUACUGAUGAGGAAGAAUGUUGCAUUUGUAUGGAUGGACGUGCUGAUCUGAUCUUGCCAUGUGCCCACAGCUUUUGUCAGAAAUGCAUUGAUAAAUGGCGUGGUCAUCACAGGAAUUGCCCUGUAUGCCGCCUACAAGUGACCGCUGCAAAUGAUUCUUGGGUUGUAUCUGAUGCACCUACGAAGGAAGAUAUUGCCUCUUACAUACUCAACUUGGUGGACGAGGCAGGCCAGCCCCAUAUACCCUGAUGUUAGUCUUAACAUUCAGUCUUAACAUCUCACAAGAUAUCGUUCUCAUUAUUUUUCAUUUCUUUAUUCAUUACAUUGGUUUCUAGAAGCUAAAUCAUUAUUUUUUAAAAAGGACUAGUUCUGGGAAAGCAUAUUUUGUAAUAAUUACUUUCCUGAAUUACUCUGAUAACAUUUACAGUCAAUACACUAUGAAUUUUCUGAUAUUUUAUGAGGUACCUGCAGUAGGAAAUAUUUUAGUUCUAGUAAAGCUGUUAAGUGUUUGUUAAAACUUCAUUGUCUCAGUUGAAGAAUGGGGAUGAUUCGCAAGUCCUGUUGUCCAACACUGUCUAAAAACAAUGUUCUAAUAUUUAAUGGGAAUUAAAAUGGUAGUUUCUGUUCUGUUCUGCGUUUGAUUAAAUAAGAAACAUUCCUUUUAUGGAAUCUUUUAUGAAAGCAGAUUUUUAAAAAAUAAAUGAUUGACUUUUUCAUUUCUACUCAAAGUUAAUUUUCUAAAUCAGUAUUUAUUACUUCAAGUUUGUCUAUGCAGUAUCAUGGAUGGAUCCAACGAAGUUUCUCCCAGUAAUUUCUCUAUCAGUAGAAGGCUUCUAAUGUAGCAGACAGCAAACUUUAUUCUCUUUCUCCCAUCUCUUCAUUUCCUACAUGUCUUGAACUGGGUUAGACUCUCCAAAACAGUGAAUCUCUGAAACAUAGUGCGGAUAGUAAAAAAAUAUAUUCUAUAUUCUGUUCUGUUUCUUCGCAAAUGCUUCAUCUUAAUUACAUGUUAAUUACAAAAUCUGGCUGAAAUGUGUUCGUUAUUUGUUUUGUUUUAUAUAGCCUUCUAUUUACCAGUUUGUAAAAUGUGCUUUGCUAUGAAAUGAGACGGUAAAGCACAUAGAUUCUUAUUUUCUUUUCUUGUAUGUGCAAUAUGAAGCAAAAAAAGGAAUCUAUCUUUUUGUGUGUGAUCACUUUGUUUUAACGUAGUAUGCAUGUUGUAAUCAAGUAUUGGUGUGAGGUAUGACAAAUGUAUCCUGAGUUGUUACUUUACCAGGUGACAUUAAUAGAUGCCAGAAAUCUACCAUUUUCCAAUCCACAAAAUUGGUGCCGAGUGAGUUUUACAAAAUUAUUUCAAAUGGCAGCUUAAAAUGGUCCUACACCCCCCACCAAUUAAGUCCCUAGGCCAAUGUUGGCAAACCUUUUUUGGAAGUACAUGCGCUGGAGGAGCGCCAGAAACCGGAAGAGCAGCUCCCCAACGUGCACACGACAGAAACCAGAAAAGCAGUUCCCCAGCGCACAUGCAUGUGCCAGGAAGCUGAGCUUCUGGUCACCUGGUCAUCCCGUUUCUGGCACUCACAAAGACCAGGUAGCUGGCAUGCAUGGAAACCAGGAGAGCAAUGGGCAAAGGCUGGCGUGCCCGGUGAGAUGGCUCUGUGUGCCACUUUCAGCACACAUGCCAUAGGUUCACCAUUAUGGCCCUAGGCAGAAUCAGUCAACACAAAUCCCCAAAUUGAUGUGGUACUGAUUUUGGAUUUUAUAUUUUAAACAAAUGCUAUUAUUAUAAUUAUUCAUGGAAUAGAUUUGGUACCACCCAAGGAAAGAUGAGUUAAUAGUUAAAUAUCAUGAAGGGUUUAUGGCCUUAUUUGGAAUGGCCUGGUAAAUAUGUAUAAUAAAAUUGUUUUCUAUUGUUGCUGAAAUGUUGCACAUAAAUAUAGGUUACACUAAUUAAAUUGUAAACUUAGACUAGUAGCUAAACGAUUUCUAUAAAUCACAUCCAAGUAUUGAACCUUACCACUUCAGAAUAUGGCAAGCAUGUUUUUUGAGAGAUUAUCAAAUUCUGCUUAAAUUAGUAAAAUUGAGUAAUUAGUGUUUUUCCUCUUUUUUUAAUAUGAUGUGCUAAAAUGAAGAUUCAAAGAGCAACUCUUAUUGGUUAAUUAAGAAAGUUUGAUAUAGAGAAUUUCAGAUAUUGCAAGUAUUAUUUCUGAGACUUGAUUUUAAGUGGCCUUUAAAAUUCAGAACAUAAACAAAAUGUUUUCUUGUUUUUGUUUUGAUGUGUUUGUCACUUGUUAUAAAACUGAUCAUGGAUUUGAUUUUCCCCUAGAUAUACUUGGACUUGCAGUGCUGCAAUUGAAGUGCCCAAUAUUUUAUACUGACAUGGUAGAAACAAUAAGUCAUUCUUUUUUUCUUUUUCAUAUAAGGUUUGAUUGAUAGCACAAAUAUUUGAAGUGUAAGCUGUAGGUCAUUAAAUCCUGAUAUUGCUUUUAUUUUUUUUUCCUGUCAUGAGUAUAAGAAUUGUACUCCAAAUCUUGAGAUGGAAGGUUUAAAAUAUGGGUAUGCAGUCCACAGGGGGGGCAUGAAAUUAUAGGUUCAGUAACUUGUAAAUACAUGUAAAGUGAAAAUGUGAAUUACAUAGUGUUUCUAUCUUUUUAAAUAUACAAUUAGUACAAGCGUUAUAUAUAUAGAUAUAUUGAUCCACAGUAAAUAUAUAACACACACACACACGGUGUUUUACAUAUUAUGGAUCAUUUGCUGUCUUCCUUUUCUGUUUCCCUUGUGUUGUGAAGCUAUGCUUCUUACUAAAGGACUUUUAGUCUAGUUUGAAGACUAUAGGAGAAGCUAUAACACCUAAAGACAUGGAAGAAGAGAUUACUACAAGUUGUUUACCCAUGCCUUUUGACACAUACACUACCCUAAUAAGCAUAUGGCAAACUUGAAGCCUAUCACAAGUAAUAAGUGUGUUACAUUGUGUAAAACUGCAGCACAGUUGUGUUAUUCUUCUAGCAUUGAACCUGAUAAAAAUCGACAAACUUAAAAAAGGUUUUUAAAAGACAUGUUCAAGAGAUGAAUUACUGUGAAGAUGCAUUCCUUAGUUCUUUUGUGUGGAUGUGAACUUUUCUUAGUGGUUUUAUAUAAGACUGUUAAUAACUAUAAGCAAUUUAAUGUAUUAUGAGUUUGGAGCAAUAAACAUUUGAAUUAUU